AUGUCCCGUUUCUUGAAACCUGAUAAACUUAGUAGUGAUGAAGAAGAAGAUCCUCGUGUAGUUCCAGCGAAACCAAUUAGUUCAAAAUAUGCGCGAAUGUUGGGCCACUAUGGUGCGGGGAAAGACUUCAUUGUUGGGAGCUCAAAAUCACAGCAGGAAUUUUAUGUUGUAAAGGUAUUCUUAAUAAUCUUUGUCGUUAUUUCAUGGAAUAAUAUCGUAGAGAAAAAUAAUUUGAAUACUGGUGAAACAAUAGACGAAAAAGCCACAUUAGAACUGCGCAAUAAACUGGGUGCUAAAAUAUUGAAGGCGAAAUUACAAAAGAAAACAGAUUUGGUUGAAAAGUUGGAAAAAGAACUACAUGCAUUAGAAAAUAAAGUAAAUUCAUCACCAGGGUAUAGAAUAUUGUAUAGAACUGACAGGGGUGAUGCACAAAUACCUCUGACUUUGAGAACAGCUGAAAAAAAGGAUUCAAAAAUUAGCGGAAGAAUAGAUGCGAUUCAUCACGCUGACAUUGGUAUUCGCGAUAUGGUUGCGGAAGAAAAGACAGCAGUAUCUGAUGAUCGUGUUUUUAAUUCUGCUUUGACUGCAGCGAAACAUCGCACAAACGAAGACUGGAUUUUGGAUGAUGCGAUGAUGUCAGUAAAGCGAUCACGAAAAGCAGAGGAAAAAGAGGAAAGAAGAAUUCGAAACGAUAUAAUACAACGUAGGUUCUUCGUUUCAAAUGUUUUAUUGUUGAUAAUACAUCAAUCGUUGCGUUUAGCAGCUCAUACUUAUAUAGCUAAUGGAUGUACACAAUAUAUUCUUUUCGUUUCGUUUUUUCAGCUCUAUUAUCUGAAACAUUUUUAUUUUCAGUUAAUUUAA